AUGGCUCCCAGAUUUAAGGAUGGAGAUGCCGUGGUUGCUAUCAACGGCAAAUGGGUUGCAUGGACUCACACGCUCUUCGCGUACGCUGCCUUCUUCAGCGCGCUGAUAGUCGGUGUGGCUCUCCAUUAUCACAAGAUUGUGCAAAAUGAACACUACGGUUACCCCGAUGAAUGGUUUCCCUCCGUGUCUGCGACAAUUGGCGACCGAUACCCCGAGCGUUCAUUCUUCCAGGUCUUCAUCGCAAUCACCUCCGGUCCUCGCUUCCUUCUCGUUUUCCUGUGGUACAUCAUCACCGCGCGUCCCAAUUCGACUCUCCCGAAGGUCGUGGCCGGUGUGGGUGUCUUCCGAACCUUGACUUGCGGUGGCUGGACCUAUGUCACAUCCACCGAUGACCAUGACUGGCACGAUAUUUUUAUGAUCUCUUACCUGGUGGCGACUCUGCCAUGGACUCUGGGCUGCCUUGCCUUGAGCCCCAACAACCGCCGUGCUGUGAAGUACCGCAAGAUUAUGGCCAGUCUGUUCUUUGGAACUCUGGUGCCAUUGAUCUACUACUUCAUUCAACACAAGGUCCACAAGGUUCCCGGUGCAUACACUCGGUACGCCUUCUUUGAGUGGUCCCUGAUCUUGUUCGAUGUUGGUUUCGAUGCCAUUACGGUGCUUGAUUUCGAAGGCCUGGAAUUGGUGGUGCGCGAUGUGAAGGGAAUCAGCAGAGGGCAGUUGAAGACGACUGCGGACUCUGUCCUUGAAAAAGGGAAGGGCAAGCCCGUGAGCAACACCUUCGGUGAGGGCUUCUUCUGGACUGAAAUCCUGGAUGCCGCUGCCGAUGUUUACAACGGCUUUGUCUUCUGGACGAUCGUGACUGGUCUUCCCGUCCUUGUGUGGUACUUCCCUCUGUGGCACAUGGGAAUCUCGGGCUAUGAGGUUGCCAUUGUUGCUUGCAUUUCCCCUCUGUUCUUCGCCAUUCCCUCCUUGAGAUCUGCUGCCACCAAGAACUUGCGGCUGCUUCAUCUCAUGUCUCUUACGGCUCUCAUGGCCUAUAAAUUCCAUGACCCUGCCAACCGUCUGUUCAUUACUGCCUUUGCACUGUCGACCACCUGUGCCGCAUGGGUUGCGAGCUUCUUCGCCGAGCGCGGAAAUACCGCUCGCCUUGAGGCCCGCAUCAUGGCCUGGGGUGUUGGCCUGAUAAUGUCAGUUGUUGCCAAGUUUGCCUGCACGACCAACAACCCACUUUGGCCCGUCAUGCACGGCGAGAACGGCGGCUGGAACAAGAUUGGCCUUUUCAUCGCCAUUUUUGCUGUCUUGCGCUCCCAGAGGGGCUCCAUUACUAGCGGUAGCGAUUAUCUGCCCGCUGGCGGUAAGAAGGGCUCAUCACUCUUGGCUGGUGUUGGUUUCGGAGGUCUCAUGUUCGCCAUUGUCUCUCUCCUUACCGACUCCAGCACUAUGAUUUCAUGGGUUUGGGAUGGAUAUCCCGUACGGGGACCUAUUGCUGUGCCUCAUGGUUCUGUGACGAUCUUUGCCAUGGGCGCAGGUCUUGUGUAUGGUAUCUUCCGUCCCGCUGUGGCAGGCAGUUGGACCGCCUACGGCAUUGGCUCUGUCGGUGCUGCUCUUUUGACCUACUACCACCACUGGACCGGAUACUACGGUGCUCUUGCGCUUGCAUUCUACAUCAUGGCUGUCUCCCCUGUCCUGAUCAAGUCUGCCGUUCGCCACUCCCCGGCAGGCACCUUUGGCAUUGGUUUCGUUCUCUACAUCUUCCUUUUGCUUUUCCACGUCUGGGUUGUUGCCUAUGCCUUCGUCCCUGGUGGCCCGCUCGUCCGUGAACAUACUGACUGGGUCAUGCUUACGACCAUGCUUGCCAUUGGUGCCGGAGUAUUCUCCGCGGCCACUUCCAACUCUGGUCCCUCUCGCAAAAAGCCCGUCAGCCCCAACAGCAAGAGACAGCGCUCUUACUACGUUUAUGUGCUCGCUGCGUUGCAACUCCUCUCAGUUUCUGUGGCGUACCUGCGCUUCCCCACCAACGAUUAUAAGCCCCAUCAUCCCGAGGAGAAGAUCGUGACUGCUGGUAUCUGGACAGUCCAUUUCGGUCUGGACAACGACAUGUGGGCGUCUGAGCGUCGCAUGCGUGAUGUUAUCGGUGAGCUUGAGCUUGAUGUCAUUGGUUUCCUCGAGUCGGACAACCAGCGCAUCAUCAUGGGUAACAAGGACGUCACCCAGUACAUUGCUGAGGAUCUUGGCUACUACACCGAUUUCGGCCCCGGUCCUAAUAAGCACACCUGGGGCUCUGCUCUGCUCUCCAAGUUCCCCAUUGUCAACUCCACUCACCACCUUCUCCCCUCGCCUGUUGGUGAGCUGGCUCCCGCCAUCCAUGCCACUCUUGACAUGUACGGCGAGAUGGUAGACAUUGUUGUCUUCCACUCCGGCCAGGAGGAGGAUCCCGAGGAUCGCCGCCUUCAAAGCCAAUAUCUUUCUAAGCUGAUGGGCUCAUCCCCCCGCCCGCUGAUUCUGUUGAGUUACCUGGUCACUAAGCCCCUCGAGGGUAACUACAACACCUAUGUCAGCGACGUGAGCCAAAUGAAAGAUAUCGAUCCCACCGAUUGGGACCGAUGGUGCGAGUAUGUGCUCUACAAGAAGAUCCACCGUACAGGCUACGCCAGAGUUAGCCGUGACACCAUUACCGACACUGAGAUCCAGGUUGGCAAGUUCGUGGUUGGUGAACCUGUGCCAGAAAACGAGGUGCGCAUCCCUGAGGAAUUGGUCCCUGUUGGCCGCCGAUUCCCUGCUCUGUUCCGCGGUGAGGGCGUGCGUGGCCAUCGCUACCAUGUCUUCGAUGAGCCCCGUUACUGGCAAUAA